CCGUCGCCCCGCCGGAAGGCACCGCUUUCCUCGUGCUUGUCGCCAUUUUUUUCUCAGAAGAGGCUGUUUUGCAGAACGCUCGUUGUUCCAUUUCAUCUUCUUUUCGCGUGAACGAUGCUGCUUCCGAGACUCUCCACGAUUCUUGUGCUCUGCCUUUGUCUCGACGAUUAUGUUCACGCAUGGUCGAUGUACCUUAGCGACGCGAAUAGAAUCGGCAGCAACAAUUUACCGGAAGUGACGGAGAGAAUAGAUCUGAUAUACCCAGGGACACUAUGGUGCGGAAGCGGUAGCAAGACAUCGAAUCCGAACGAGCUAGGGACAUAUAACGAGACAGACGCCUGCUGCCGGGACCACGAUAUGUGUCCCGACGUGAUCGAGGCCUUUCAUAGUAAACACGGAUUGACUAAUACCGCCUUCUACACCAGGUUAGAUUGCGCGUGCGACGAGAAAUUUUACGAUUGUCUUUCUAAAUCGGAGGAUGGCAUAGGUCGUAAAAUAGGAUACAUAUACUUCACCCGUUUAGGCACUCGGUGCUUCCGCAAGGAUUAUCCGAUCGUGGAAUGCAAACGCGAGACCGGCAUAUUUAUGAAGACUUGUUUGGAGUACGAGCUGGACACCAGCCAACCAAAGGAGUACCAGUGGUUCGACGUGCCUCCGUUCGAUUGAAUUCGCCAUGGAGCCCGGGGAACUGCGUCGAUCACGAGCUAGACGAACCUCAUCGAUCCUUGGAAACAAUGUACCCGAACAUCGAAUAAAAUCGUGAAUAAUAAAUUCGU